AUAUAGGAUGACUGAAGAUGGGAGGGAGGGAGCAGUUGUCAUGUUUAUUUUAUUGCUGUAUGACAUGGGGAGCUGUACCUGCAGUAAGUGAAAGCCAGUUGCCCUGCCUGAAGAAAAGGUGCAGCAACUUGAUGAAGGCCAGAAUUCACUAAGGAGUUAUGGAUCUUCUAAGAUGAAUUAACAAAGACAACUGCUACAAAUGUAGGGCAGAAGACUAAUGGUGUGGGCAGUAUGGACCUAAUGAAUGGACACCCCAGCAGUGUUAAUGUUGCAGCUACUGUUUCAGAGAAGAGUAGCAGCUCAGAGUCAUUAAGUGACAAGGGUUCUGCUGAAUUGAAGAAAAGCUUUGAUGCAGUAGUAUUUGACAUUCUCAAAGUUACACCUGAGGAAUAUGCAGGCCAGAUAACGCUAAUGGAUAUUCCUGUAUUUAAAGCUAUUCAACCAGAGGAACUCUCAAGCUGCGGUUGGAAUAAAAAGGAGAAAUACAGUUCUGCACCAAAUGCAGUUGCCUUUACAAGAAGAUUCAACCAUGUAAGUUUUUGGGUUGUUAGAGAGAUCCUUCACGCACAGACAUUAAAAAUAAGAGCUGAAGUUCUAAGCCACUACAUUAAAACAGCUAAGAAACUCUAUGAGUUAAAUAAUCUGCAUGCACUUAUGGCUGUGGUAUCUGGGUUACAAAGUGCCCCCAUCUUCAGGUUGACUAAAACAUGGGCGUUAUUGAGUCGAAAGGACAAAACUACUUUUGAAAAGUUGGAAUAUGUGAUGAGUAAAGAAGAUAAUUAUAAAAGACUUAGAAACUAUAUUAGCAGCUUGAAGAUGACGCCUUGUAUUCCUUAUUUAGGUAUUUAUCUCUCAGACUUAACAUAUAUUGACUCAGCAUACCCAUCAACAGGAAGUAUUCUGGAAAAUGAGCAGAGAUCAAAUCUAAUGAAUAACAUACUUAGAAUAAUAUCAGAUUUACAACAGUCUUGUGAAUACGAUAUUCCAGUGUUGCCUCAUGUUCAAAAAUACCUGAAUUCUGUACAGUAUAUAGAAGAGCUUCAAAAGUUUGUAGAAGAUGAUAAUUACAAGCUUUCGUUAAAGAUAGAACCUGGUACCAGUACUCCACGUUCUGCUGUAUCUCGUGAAGAUUUAGUAGGCCCUGAAGUGGGAGUUUCUCCACAAAAUAUACGAAAAAAUGCAGCAGCUGAAGGAGCAUUAUUGCCACCAACUCCUCCAUCCCCCCGGAAUCUGAUGCCACAUGGGCAUAGGAAAUGUCACAGUUUAGGAUACAAUUUUAUUCAUAAAAUGAACACAGCAGAGUUUAAAAGUGCAACAUUCCCAAAUGCAGGACCAAGACACCUAUUGGAUGACAGUGUCAUGGAACCACAUGCCCCAUCCCGGGGUCAAGCAGAAAGCUCUACUCUUUCUAGUGGAAUUUCAAUAGGUAGCAGUGAUGGCUCUGAGCUCAGUGAAGAGACUUCAUGGCCAGCAUUUGAAAGGAACAGAUUAUACCAUUCUCUUGGUCCGGUGACAAGAAUGGCACGAAAUGGCUAUCGAGGCCACAUGAAGGGCAGCAGUUCUGCAGAGUCUGAAGAUCUAGCUGUUCAUUUGUAUCCAGGAGCUGUUACUGUUCAAGGUGUUCUCAGACGGAAGACUUUGCUGAAAGAAGGGAAGAAACCUACUGUAGCAUCUUGGACAAAAUACUGGGCAGCUCUGUGUGGAACUCAGCUUUUCUAUUAUGCUGCAAAGUCUUUGAAGGCAACAGAGAGAAAACAUUUCAAGUCUACACCAAGUAAGAAUGUGUCGGUGGUGGGGUGGAUGGUCAUGAUGGCUGAUGAUCCAGAGCAUCCAGAUCUCUUCCUGCUCACAGAUUCUGAGAAAGGAAACUCAUACAAAUUUCAAGCUGGUAACAGAAUGAAUGCAAUGCUGUGGUUCAAGCAUCUGAGCGCUGCCUGCCAAAGCAACAGACAACAGGUUCCUGCCAACUUGAUGACGUUUGAGUGACAAGCUUCUUCAGUACCUGAACCAAGAGGAUUUGUCUGAGGAGUCUGCGGAGGAAGGUCCUGGUGAAAGCAUACCAGCUAUACUUCUGGGCCAGAACAAAGAUACUAAACAGAGUUUCAAACCUCAGAAAUAGAGAAAAAAUAAGAACAAAAAAGCACUAAGAAUUCAGGGGAUGGAAAUGUAACAUGAACUGCCAUGGACUGCUACUUAAUAUUUUCUGAACUGACCUGUGGAAACCACUGCCUUAAAGAAUGCAAGGAAAACCAACAUGAAACACCAAAUAGUAUGUGUGUGAAUUCGCUGGCGGUGCUGUGGGGGUUAGGUUAAAUAGAUUGUAGUUAGUUUGCAUUUGUGUUAGCUUUUAAUUUAAAAUCCCGGCUUUCUUCGCAGUUUUUCUUGUUGUAGAGAAGGGAUUGUGUCAAGGGCAGGUUUGCAAGGAUGUAGCAUGUGUGUUCUUGAAGAAUGUGCAGAUGGUACCUGCAUCCCUCAAUCUGUUUCAACUUUUGUUGGCCUCAGAUAAUCGGGAGCGCAACUUAGUAUGUUUUGGCUUAGAAUGUAAGACCUGUAAUAUAUGCAAGUUUCUUAUCUUUUCACAAAGCACUGAAUUUGCAGAACUUGAUUUUGUUUCCUGCAAGUGGCACAACAGCUGAAUACUUAAACAUCACACUCUCCUUUUCUUGUCUGACAAAAACAAUCUACAUGAUUUUGUAAAGCCAGCUUUGGGAAGUGUCUGUGGAUCAGAACUGAGCUUUUCUUCCUCAAUACAGUAUAUCUAAAACAGGCCACACUCUUAAUUCCACAAUAAGAUCUCUCUCUCCCCCAUUGACGCUCUUCCAUGAGUUAUUUAGCCCUUCAUUUGGGGAGGGAGGAUUGCCACUAAUGACACUGAGAUUACUUCUGUCUUCUUACAAAUUGAGAAGUAUUUGUUAUGUGAAAUUAGGAAUUUGAUUUACGUUUAUAUAUAUAACCAAUCCAAAAUCCAGAUGGUUGUAAAAUAAGCAUUUGCUGUUGGUUUAGCAAUCUCAAAGUACAAAUCCCAGAUAAUCAGGAAAAAAGUAGUAACAUGACACAAGAAAAAGCAUAAAUGGGAUAAAAAUAGAAUAGGACGGAUUAAUCUUUAUAUGAAAAUACUUGCAUUACAUAUGCUUUCUUUUCUAAGUCUUUUUGACCAUAUUCAUGAAGAAUAUCUGGUGCACAGAAGAGUUUUCUUUUGUCAUGUUUUUCUAUGUGUGCUUACCUGGAAAUGCAUUGGAAUAUGCUUUGAAAAUUUCAUGGUAAGGCCUUCAGAAGGUGAACCUUACCAUGAAAUGUAAACAAGGCAAGUGUAGGUAAGUUGCCUAUUGCAACCCAAUCCAGUAUAUAAAGGAAGAAUCGUAUACAGGCUAUUUAUAUUUAUACUCUAUACUAAUUAACUUUAUUCAGAGAUGUGUAAUUUUAAAAAAAAUCUGAUCCAGAAUAGAGUUUUACCGAUUCAUCUUUCCAGAGUCCACAUUUUCUCAACAAUGUUUUUCCUCCUGGUGAGACAGAGAAGAGACUGGCAGAUGUGCAGAGGAUACAGUAAAUCUGGCAUAAAAGGUGUCCUCAAAUUGCAGUGAAAAAUUAUUUUAAACUAACAAAAUGUUUAAAAUCCAAUCAUUUUUUCCUAUGAGAAAAGUUGUGUUGUUUUUUUUUUAAAUAGAUUUAAUUUGUCCUAUUCUGUAUUAUUGGGGAAUGAAUGCUUAAUUCUGAUCUUGCAGAAACUAGCUUCAGAAUUUUCAAAAAGGGAAACUUGCUUGUUCUGAGUCACUUUUAGUAUGCUUCUUCCACAAUAACACAUAGGGUGUUUCAUGGAAACUUCUUCAUAGCCAUCAGUAUUACUGUACAAAGUUUGCACAACAUACUUUCCAGUUUUUAAAAUUAUUGUGUGUUUCUUUUUCAAAGUAAGUUUUUUUAAAGAAAAAACACUAUACGUGUGUGUGCUUUUUCCUCCUUUUUUUAGUUUUGUGGUAGUUAACCCUGUGGCAUUUUGGGUUUUUUAUGCGUUUAAAAAAAAGAGAAAAAACACUAGUGUAGAUACAGGUUUGUAAAAUUUGUUUGUAAUAUUUUUAUUUGUGGAAAGAUGCAACUGGGAGCCAAAUGGUGCUGAUCUUGCUAAAAAUAGUUCACAUGACAUUUUUUCACAUGGAAACUGCUUUAGGUUUUGACAAGUGGUACUGUGGAACUUGAUGAAUUUACUAAUUUGCUGUCCAGGUCAUUGUAUACCACAUACUCCAUCAUUCAUUUCAACUUUAUUCUAUGACAUAAUUCACUUCUGUCUACACAGUCUUUCAUAGUAGUCACAAAAUUAGUUCAUCAUAUCAAAAUCUCACUUUAAAGGAAAAAAUUCAGUAAAGAUAACAUGAAAUCAGAUUAAUGGUUGAUUUAUUUUUCCCAUACAGACUUUUUAUAUGUUCUUAGGAUAAGUUUCAAAGGCAGACUGUGCACGUUAUCAUGACUGCCUUCAACUGUGUUUUUUAUUAAGAGACAAAUGUAAUGUAUUCACAGGAGCCUAUUAGUUAAAAAUGAAAAACAUAAUCUUGUUUGUUGGAUUAACAGAGGGUUGCAACAAUUUCAGAGUUUUUGACUAAUUUACUUCUAUUCAUUUUAUGUUUUAUCCCACAUUAAUUUAGGUUAAUUUAGGGAUGAAGCAGGUGGCCGUUAAAGAGCAGCCUCUGGCUGAGAUCAGGCCACCACCACCAUUCAAAGCCACACCGGCCAGGAGUCGACCCAAAUCAACUCCUUUUUGAGCCAGCUUUUAUCCCCCUAGAGCAGCUUUGUCACAGCUUCUGGAUGCUUUGGGGGGCAUGCAUCAUUUAAACAUCACACCCCCCAAAGCGGCCAGAAGCCACUUUCCUUGGCCCAUGCAUUUCAGACCUUAGGCCACCACACCAGUAUCAUAUGUGUCUGUCAUGGGUCAUUUUUCAAGGCUAAGAUUCUUAAAUUAUUUUACAUACACGAAAUAUCCCUUCCCAAGAUUUUUAGAUUUAAAAAUAGGCAAAGUUUUUAAGAUCUUCAUACAUCUUUUGAAGGAACAUUAGCUUGUUUAUUUUGAUAGAAUUACUUCAAAACAAGUGUCACAUUUUAAAACUGCUAGACCCGUCUGCUUCUGAACAAAGUUUUGUGAUUACUGGUACUAAUACCUUUUCAAAUUCUUGAGGUAGCUGGGUGAGUUUUUAACACAAACAGGAAUUCUGACUCAAAUUUAUUAGGCACUGAAGAACUGAGAAUAUAGGGGGUUCUAAUUUUUAUUAUAUCUUAAAACACUGGUGGUUCGCUAUAUAGAUAUAUUUGUUUCAUGGUAUAUUAUGAUUGCGCCUAAGCCUGGUCAAGCAGUGUUUAAUAUGAAUGCUAGUUUUAAUGCAGUGAUCCGCACAGUUGGAGUGCACAAUCUGAGUCGUGUGCUUGAAUUCUGUGAAUACAAAGCCAAAUAGAACAUGGGAACACUGCUUGUGCUACUGUGGUUCAGUGUGCAUUUUGAGCCAGAAUAUAUUUUCAGUCAACCCAUAAAUAAGAUGAUUUAAAACAUCCUAUGAUUAUCAUAAUGCUUAAUUCCAAAAACAAACUUUAAAAAAAAAUCCUACACAAGUAGAAAAAUAUAGAAUACCUUCCUCUUGUACCAAGUUUUCCUUUAACAUACUCCCUUCCCACCUUUCCACCAUCUGUACCUUGAUUGGUGAACCUCUGUUAGAUGGCUCGGAUUAGGGUUGAUUUCAUAAAAUCCAUAUAUUCAUUUUCCAUACAACAAAUUGUUAGAAACAUUUGUUUUGCUCAAUGAUGUGGAACUUUUAUCCUCAGUCAUUUGUCGUUACCAUGUUGAUUUUUGAUUAGCCAAUGGGAUGUAAGAUUAGUAAUACCAUCAGGCUGAUUUCAUGUCAUCUCUCAGCCAAGCAGUAGAUCAAGUGAUGGAACAGCAACCAAAAACACUUGACAAAUAAUUUUUCUGAUCUAAGCAUAGAGGGGAAAAUCAACACUGCAAAAAUGUUUUUAUUUGGGCAUAUUUUCCAAAGUAGAGAUUAUUAUAACCCCAAAAGAAGUUUCUGUAUUUUCCUAGGUAGAGCGCAUAACACCAAAAAGAUAUUGCACACAUUUCUUGUGUAAAAUACACUUAAAACAUAAAUUCUUAUUUGUGAAUGUUGUUACUAGAGGCACAGCACUACCAGAUACAAAGAACAACAUAAAAGAAUGCUUAUGAUUAAGUGCAACUCAUAGUUUACUUCCAAAUUUUGAAGCACAUUCCUGUAUGAGUGUAUAAAUCCCUCAUACACCAAUCUUUUUCCAAAUAAGCUUAGUCACGAGAUUAUCUUCCUACGGCUCUUCCAGUUGCAUCUUUUCCCUCAUCUUUUUGUACAUUUCCCUUUUUCAUUCCUAAACAUAAUUAAUCCUGAUUUUCUUUCCCCAGUGUGCUAUGAAAGGUUGAAGAUACUAAGAUUGGCACUAAAUAACCAGCUUUAUUUUCCCCUGAAAAAUCAGACUUUCCAGAGCUUGUGUACUCCAGGUUCCUCCUUUGUCCCAUUAAAAAUGGCUUGUGUCUAAGAUUGAAAGCUGCUGUUCAAAAUAUAAGCAAACAUGAUAAAUCCCUUCAAAGGUGAAUACCAUUGCCUGCCCAUCAUAAGCUGAUGGGCAUGUUAUGCCGGUAUAAGAUUUUUGUCAGUGCCUUAAAUACCUGUCUGAAGACCGGGGUGGGUGGGGGCAAUUCACUAAGGACUAUUACUAUGCAUUCCCCCAUUCAUGCAAAAUAAGUUUUCACAGGAGCCACACACAAUCCCCAGUUAAAUGUAUGGAAUUUGUACAGCCAACAGAGUAGCUCAAUCCUCAUCUCCCUUUUGUUCUGAAAUUCACAAUUACUUUUUUUUAAUUGAUCUAAAGAUCUCCGUGUUUAAUUGGGGGAAAUUUCAAUUCAUUCCACUCUUUAGUUUUUUUAAAGCAAAUAUUUAUAGUAGAUCUGUAGUCUGGAUAGUGCUAUGCCUCGCGAUUGUGUUUCGAAUGUCACAUAGGAGCUGAGUUUUCACCCAGUGAAUGAAUGUCUGAGGAAGUCCUCUAGUUCAUUUAAAAUAGUCACCAAAAUAAUUUCUGGAUAUAUUUUUUUCCUUGCCAAUCUGAGAUUUUAGGAUAGUAAAAAACAGUUUCUGUAAAAUUAAUUGGUUCAUAAAGGUAGAUACUAAACUGUCUUGUUAUGAAUCUCAAAGUUUCCAAUGCCAGUUAUCAUACUAAUGACCUAAUGUUUUAAAAAGAAGCAAGUUGUGUCUGAAACCUGAGGUCUAAUAGCUACAGGUAAAAAAGCCUUCCGUAUUUCACUAUUUGCAUAAUUUAGUUUUCUGUAGAGAGUAAUUGCCAAAUUACAUUCAUGAGGAAAUCAGAACUAUAUUCUUUCUGUUUGGAAUAUUGUUACUCAUUUCUACAGAAGGUAUUUCCUUUUAGAAACUGUUUUUUCACUAUGGAAAUCUGUUCAGAAAAAAGAUCCUUCCUAAAACAUUUCAAGUAGCUUAUUGAUUUUUCUUUAAACUUAGAUUCUGGCAAGCAAAAUUAAAGUAGAAUAAAACUCAACAUUCCUAAAUAACAGUCUCCAGACCAUUUAGUCACAUUUCUUCAUUCCUAGGGGAUUGUUAAGUAGGAUAUAUCUUUAAAAAUAAAGAAUAAUUCCGUUGCAACUAUGAUAAAGCACACAAACUGUUCAUAGCUACAGAUUGUGAAAGGGGGUAAUACCUCAUAUAGAGGUAGGUAUUACAAAGAUGGGCUUUCUUCAGCAAAGAGUUUGGUCUAGGCAUUGUUGAGUAACCUAGAAGCAAAGAAUUUAUCUAAGGCUCUGCAGUGAAGAAAUCAAAUUACAAAUGAAUCUUUUUUCUCCCUCUAGAGUUACUCAUAAGCCUGCUACUAGUUGAUCAAUGGAAGAUGAAGAGAGCGUUUAGUGUACUCUUGUCUUUUUUACCCCUUACUGGUAAAAAAGAAAUUCAUACAGCCAUUCAAAUAAUAUUUCAAUUUAUGUGCACACAAAGUCUACAUUAUGUUAAACACAAGCUAUUUUUAAUGUAUUUCCUUCUCUAUUGACCUGAAGCACCAUUUUGAUGAGGGUUGAAUGCACUAUGACCUCUAUGAGUGAUGUGCAGUUUGGCUGUUCCUUGUCCUUUUUGCCUUCUGAUUUUUAAUACUUUACUCUGUGUGCGUGUGUGUUUGAAUUGUGUGUGUGCAUAAGCUAUUUCAACAUGGCUUAAAAUACGAACUUAAAAAUACAAUUUUCCUACUGAAAUAAAUUACUUAAAAUUU